GGUGUCCAGCAAGAAGUGCACGAGACGCAUUCCAAGGACCACCACCGCAUCGAGAGGUCGACCGGCGAGCACGGAUUGCACCACGAUACGCACAACUGCCGCCGCGCCAACAUCAUGGGCGAGCUGGUGCAGAACGCGAGCCCGUUCCUGUUUCCCUGCACCAUCGAGUACAGCCUCAUCAGCGCCGGCAUCCUGUACAUCAUGUGGAAGAACGUGGGCUCGACGCAGCCCGUGCCCAACACUCCGGACAGCUCCAUACACGUGCACACACCACGCCAGCGGCACUACUACCAGGUGGACUGCGCCAAGGCCAACAAGGGCCUCUUCACGGGAAUCCUGGUGCUCGUGCUGUCCAUCAUCAGUCUCAUCCUGUUCUUCGUGCUGAUCAACAAGCCGCAGUACCGGAACCUGGCCGUCAUGGAGGCCCACAUCGCCGAGCUGGCUGUCUACUUCCUCGCCUCCCUGGCCACGACCACGGCGCUGUUCCAGGUGCGCGAGCUGCGUUACAACCGCCUGCGAAACACGGACCUGGACAGCAUCCUCCUCAUCGUGGCCCAGAGCGGGCUGUACUUGUACACCAUGUUCAGCAUCAUAGGCAGCCACUUCACGCUGGACCAGAACACCAUGCUGGCGCUGCUGACGGCGCUCGCCUGCCUCAUCCAGGGUUCCCUGCAGACCAUCUUCAUUCUGGACGCGUCGCGCCGCUACGUCAGCAGCAGCGACCAGGCCAAUCGCAAGCCCGGCCGCGAGAUGGUCACGUUCCUCAUAGUGUGCAACUUCUCCAUGUGGGCCAUCAACACCUUGGAGACUCGCCGCGCCGACUCGAACCCCGUUCAGAUGACCUUCUACGGUUUCUGGGCCUGGACCAUCAUCAUGCAACCCAGCAAUCCGAAAAUCUCACCAAGGCCCAAGAGCUCGAGAACGCCAUCUAGGUAGGGAGGCCUAGGUCUCAAAUAUUCUGUCGUAAAAUAAA